UCCCACGCUCUGUAUUUGAAUUGAAAUCCACAGCCGAAUCCAAAGAACGAGAGAGAGAGAGAGAGAGAGAGAGAGAGAGACAUCAAAGGCAGGCGAGAUUCAGAGAGAGAGAGGGAGAGGAGACAUAACAAUCUGCUUUGCCCCAUUUCUUCUCACCCACAAGCUCCAAUCAUGCCAUCCGGUGCGAAGAGGAGAAAAGCUGCCAAGAAGAAGAUGAAGGAGCAAGAGGCUGCUUCCACAGCACACUCUCAUGGAGAUGAUGACCUGAAAGUUCAUGAUGAAAAAGAUAGUGAUGGAGGUGAGGCUGCCUCUCCUGCAUCACAGGAUCAACAUAAUCACCAGCAUCCAUUCGCUGAGGGAGAGGAAGAGGACGCCAUGGAGAAGGCAGAAAACACUUCAUCUGCUCAACUAAUCGUCCCUGAGAAUGAAACAGUUGUCGGUGUUGACAGCAAUGGAGAGAUUAACCUGAAAGUGGAAAUAGAGGAGAACAAUUCUACUAUAAUUGAACCGAAGUUGGAGCCUGAGCAUGCUUCCAGCAGAAAGAAUGUAAGGAUCGAGGAUGUUGAGUCUGUGAAUGAAUCACAUGGUGGACAAAUGACCCAGUAUGGUGAGAGCUCUGGUAGCAGCAGUUCAGAUGACGAAUCUCACGUCAUUGAGAAGAACAUAGUGGUGAUAGAGUCUUGUGAGUCAAAAGAUGCUGCUGCUAUGACUGUUGAAGAAUCUUCUUCUUUUGCUGAUCCAAUAAAGACAGAUGAUUUUCCUGAAGUCACUCAAGUUUCUGAGGGGAUUGCGUAUUCAGAUGCAUAUAAUUUGGCUGCAGAAGAGCAAAAGGAAAAGGCUCAUGAUUCUGCUGCAGUGAAUGCCCUUCCUGUUAAUUUAGUCAAGCUAGCUGAUUUGCCUGAAGCGGCUCAAGUUACAGAUGCUCUACCAAUUCCUGAGCCUAUUAGUUUAGUUGUAGUGGAAUCAACUGAGGAAGCCCCGAUUCCAUCUGCUGAGACCAUUCCUGUUUUGACCUCUGAGAAUGCAUCUAAUAAUGUGAUUCAUGUAAAUGACGAUCCAAUUGUGGAGAAAGUUAUUGGUCCUAAUGAGAUUGAAUUGGGAUUGAAAGAAAAUGGAAAAACUGAGAUUUCAGAGGUUUCAUUAGGGGUGGAUAUGGGAUCACAAGAAAAGGAGGACAAGUUGUCUACUACAACAGCUGAGAAUUCUGCAGAUUUGUUAAUUGCAGUAAGCUUUGCUGCAGAAGGGGAGGAAGACAAAUGUCUGUCCUCUUCUGGUGCCCCUGCAGUUGAUAGUAGAAAUGAUGCAGAACAUAAAAAUGAUUCUGUUAUAACUGAAUUCUCUGAGAGACAGCCUGCGGUAGCUUCAGCCGCUCGACCAGUGCAAACAAGUUCCUGGACAAGUUGCUGUGGACUGUUUGAAUUGUUCACUGGCUCUGGUAGAUAAUUCAGAAAUCAGGGCAUUAGAGCCAGGUUGGACUGCUGAAGUUGUUGGUAGAGGACUCAGAUCAUAGAAGUUUGAGACUCUUUUCGAGUUCAUUUCCAGGAGAGUAAUGACCACGGGUUUAACAAGAAAACAAGAUUGAGGGUUUUUAGCAGUUAUAGUGUUACUUUCCGUGUCUAAUUGAAGUCGGGUCUUUCUGCAUGCCGCUUUCUAGUUGAUUUUGCAGUGGAUAGUGUUUUUUGUUUUUCUGUGGGUGUGUUAUAUCUGUUGCUGUAUUUGGAAGUCAUAACAUAGAAUUUACAAAGUUUCAGUUUUAGAUUUGCA